AUGGGCAAUCGAUCGGUUUACGCAGACGCGAAUCUUUCUGGUUUUAUCGAUGUUCCGUUGGCUUCGAAUGUGCCCUCGAAUAUCGAAGGAAUUUUAUCGAAAAUAGUCGUGUUCGAUAAAGUCAAUCUUGAAUUGAAGAAUCGCACCGAUGAGGCUGCUCUCCGACCGUACGAUCGUGCAAUGAUGAAUUUCGAUGGUCCCCGAAAACUACGAUGUUUACCAUUCCCUGUAAUUUCUCUAACCAAAGUCUUAUUCCAUUUUAUUGCAAGGGGACAUAAAACGAUUGCCUAUUUGCCAUUUGUAUUUAAGAAAUGGUUUUGGAAGGCAGCAAAAAGCAAAAUUGACGAUUUGAUAGCAUUUAGGAAACUCCUUGAUUUAAAUUUAUUGCAUUUCUUGGAUGAGGCUGACUUUUUCCUGAGUUUAAAGCACGAAGCUAUUGGUUCAAAAGGAAUUUUAAUUACUUCGGGUUUAUCACUAAUAAUGGAAAACAAUGAAAUGGUUAAAAAAGAUGAUAAGGACAUUUCGAUUGAAGAUAAUGAAUUUUGUAAUAUUCUUGACAGAUUUAUCGAUUAUUCUGAUAUAAACGAUAUUCAUCAAGAAAGAACACCACAGAAUGAGGAAUUUAAUGCUGGUUCUUCUGGAACUCUUCCAGAAACUUCUUUAAAGUUCAAUAAAAAUGGAAGUAUUUGGUUUUGCAUUGGAGCCUGGAAAUGUGGUACAAAACCUGGCAAUGGACUACUUGUGAUUGAACCGAUAUUCCGUGGACCAAAACGUCGUUUAACGAUUUCUCUCGAUGCAUUAUUUCAUUUUCCUGGCAAAUUAGCAAUUUCAUCGAAGGAUUAUGCGGCUAAAAAUGAUUAUAAUUUUCUUUUAAAAAUGGAACAAAUCACUUUAUUAGAACAAUAUCACUUGCUGAAGGAACUGGAAAAAAUUUUGAAUGGUGAUUAUCCUCGUGGAAUUCGUGAUAUUGGUGUUGUUAAUAUUGUGAAAAGUUCAUGCGAGAAGCUAUAA